CAACAAAACAAAAGGAAAUAGGAAAAAAGAAAACAAAUAAAGAAAAGGAAAGUUGGAGAGAGAGAGAGAGAGAGAGAAAAGAAAAAGGAAAGUUAGAGACAAAAUGGAAAGAGAAAAUGGGAAGAACAAUAAUUCUUGUUAACCAAACACAUCAUCAUCAUCAUCUCAAGAACAACAACAACCAAAGAGAUUGGUUUCCUCAAAUCCAUCAUCCCCUUUUCUUGUCUUUCCUUAGUUUGGGUUGUUUUCAGAUUUGAAUCACUUACCCAACUCUUAAAAAUUCAAUCUUUAUCCACUUUCCAGCUUUAUUUCUUAUCACCACCAAAAACCAACUUAAUGUGAUUCUUGGUGAGGAAUUUCAUCUGGGUUUUUUCUAAAAUCGUGCCCAGAUCUUAACAUUUUUUUUUUAUCUUGAUGCAUCACCUUGAGUUGUUUGAACCUCAGAGAAAUGAAAGAAUGAAGGCGUAACACUGGAUUGUAUAAAGCUUUUAUGUUGGUUUAGGGUGGUGAAGAUAAGAUUUUUAUGAGGUGCAUGAUCCCCAUGGUCGCUACAGGCGGUUAAGUAAUUGGAUUUCUGCAGAUUGUAGACCUUUUUGAUUGACGAUGUGUCUUGAGUUCUGAGUAUUUUGACCAACAAAGCAUUUGGGUCAACUAUAGUUUCAAGUGAUGAUCAAGCAGAUACUCAAUAGGCUCCCACGGAAGCCGUCUAAGUCAGGAGAUAAUCGUGAUGGAGGAACCUCUAUAUUUCAUUCAAAUGCUUCAAAUAGUUCAAGAAGCAGUGACUUGUCUAAUUCCCGACCAGGGAGUUUGAGUGCUCCAACUCCAGGACUGAAUAAUGGAGAUAGACUCCCACAGGCUAUAAAUGCUAAGGUGAAUGGAAAUGCAGCAGUUUUUUCGUAUGAGGCAUUGCCUAAUUUGAGGGAUGUACCAGCUUCUGAGAAGCAAAACUUGUUCAUCAAAAAGCUGAACUUGUGUUGUAUCUUGUUUGACUUUUCUGACCCAACUAAAAACUUGAAAGAAAAAGACAUCAAGCGACAGACAUUGGUGGAGCUAGUUGAUUAUGUUACUUCUGCAAAUGGGAAAUUUACAGAAGCAGUCAUGCAAGAAGUAAUUAAGAUGGUAUCCGUAAAUUUAUUCAGACCUCCUACUCCCCAGCCUGGGGAUAACAAAGUUUUGGAAGGUUUUGACAUGGAAGAAGACGAACCGUUGAUGGACCCUGCAUGGCCUCAUUUGCAAAUUGUGUAUGAGUUCCUUCUCAGGUUUGUGGCAUCACCAGAGACAGAUGCAAAAUUGGCUAAGAGAUACAUUGAUCACUCAUUUGUAAUAAAGUUAUUAGAUCAAUUCGAUUCAGAAGAUCCAAGAGAAAGAGAGUACUUGAAGACUGUACUUCAUCGCAUAUAUGGAAAGUUCAUGGUGCACCGUCCAUUCAUUAGGAAAUCAAUCAACAAUAUAUUUUAUCGGUUUAUUUUUGAAACUGAGAAACAUAAUGGAAUAGCAGAACUCUUAGAAAUUUUGGGAAGUAUAAUCAAUGGAUUUGCUCUGCCACUAAAGGAAGAGCACAAAUUGUUCCUUGUUCGAGCUCUUAUUCCACUUCAUAAACCAAAAUGUGUCCAGAUGUAUCAUCAGCAGUUAACUUACUGCAUAACACAAUUUGUGGAAAAGGACUGCAAGCUUGCUGAUACUGUCAUAAGAGGUUUGUUGAAAUAUUGGCCUAUCACAAACAGUUCAAAGGAGGUAAUGUUCUUAGGCGAGCUGGAAGAGGUCCUAGAAGCAACUCAGUCUCCAGAGUUUCAGCGCUGUAUGGUUCCUUUGUUUUGUCGGAUCAGUCGUUGCUUGAGCAGCUCACACUUUCAGGUGGCUGAGAGGGCUUUGUUCCUGUGGAACAAUGAUCAUAUUGAGAACCUAAUCAAACAAAAUCGUAAAGUUAUACUGCCAAUAAUCUUUCCUGCCUUGGAAAAGAAUGCUAGAGGCCACUGGAAUCAGGCAGUACAAAGCUUGACAUUAAAUGUCCGUAAAAUCUUCUCUGAUGUUGAUCCUGAACUCUUUGAAGAAUGCUUGCACAAAUUUGAAGAAGAUCAGUCUCGUGAAGAAGAGAACAAGACAAAACGUGAAAUGACUUGGAAACGGUUAGAGGAAAUGGCAGCAAUGAAAACUGCUAGCAUUGAGCCAAUGCUAGUUUCUCUUAGGAUAACUCCUCAUUCAUCCACUGGCUAGAGACCGGUAUACGUGUCACUGUUACUUCAACCUUGAUGAGCUGACCUCUCUGCUAAUCGAGGAUGGGAAUUGUGUCAAAGGAGUUGGAAUCAACAAAACGAGUCGCGUCUCCUUGUUUGUUCAUACUGUGAUAUACUUAUUUAAAAGUUGCUUUCCCAGGUCUCUCAGUGAACAGAUGGAUACCAGCUCUAUUUGAAUUCGGAUGCAAUGACUGUACAUAUGGAAUUGCGUGACAGCGCUUCAAGGUUUUUAUAUUUUGCAAGUGCAGGCGUAGCUAGAGUGAAUUUGGUAUAUUUUUUGUUGGAUUUUCAAGUGAUGAGAUUGAAAGAACAUCAUUCUUCAGGUAGCUUUAAGAUUAUCUUUUUUUGCAUCUAGUUUCCUUCUAGUUUAUAUUAUCACAUGUAUGUUUGGCAUGAAAUGUUUCUGUAGAUAAUCCAAAUUAACACAGGAAAGGCAAUGUGGAAUGAUCUUAUUCUUUUGAAUUUA